CGAAAGGGUCAUUAUCCCAAAAGCAUUUUAAUUCUUUGUCCCACCAAAUAACUCAACGACUUCAUCGACACACACACACACACAGUUUCUCUUUCUCCACAAACUUCGCGGGAUUUCCAUCACCGUCUCCCAUCUCCAACACGACAAUAAAACCCAAAAUCCCCACUCUUCCUGCUACAACAGAAACAUUCUCAAAACCCAAAAUAUGAGAGAGGAAGAAGAAGUAGUACUGCUUACAAAUAGCAACAAACACAAUGAACACCCAGAACAAGGCAGUAGCAGUAGUAGCAACAACUUCGCCAAUUAUGUGAUGGAUAUUUACCCUUUGAGUCGUUACUAUUUCGGUUCUAAAGAUACUCUUUCUUCCAAAGAUGAGACGUUAUCUGAAUCCCGUCUUCGCUUCAAAUCUAAUUAUGAAGCUCGUGGAUUAAGGACUUGCGUUCAAGCUGUAAUUUUGGUUGAGUUGUUUAAGCAUCCACAUCUCUUAUUGCUACAAGUGAGGAAUCGUACUUUUAACCUUCCUGGAGGUCGUUUAAGGGAGGGUGAAUCAGAUAUUGAAGGUUUGCGACGCAAGCUUUCAAGGAAGCUAUCUCUUGAUGAAGGCAGUGAUGAAAGAGAAUGGGAGGUGGGGGAUUGCCUUGGAAUGUGGUGGAGGCCAGAUUUUGAGACCUUGUUCUAUCCAUAUCUGCCGCCUAAUAUUAAGAAGCCCAAGGAGUGUGCCAAGCUCUUUUUGGUGAAAUUACCCGUAAGUCGCAGAUUCAUUGUGCCAAAGAACUUGAAACUGCUCGCUGUUCCAUUGUGCCAGGUUCAUGACAACCACAAGACAUACGGACCAAUUAUAGCAGGGAUUCCGCAGCUACUAUCGAAAUAUUCCUUCAACAUGCUCGAGACGUAGAGCUGGAGCUUUUCAUGGAAGCAAUGUAAGGCAAUAUAGUGUUGUGAGGUGUGACAGAAGUUGUGGCAGAGGGAUCUUAGUUCUGGAUAGAGCCUUGAACAAACUAGUGGCACCUGCUUUGUAUAGUGUGCUUUCAUUAAUUUCAUAGCUGAGUUUGUUGUGGUUGUACGUGUAAUCUGUACAUGUAUUUUGUGAUCUGUAGUGUGAUAUGAGAGUCGAUGUAGGUUAGUAAUCAGUUAUAAAAUGCAGUAGAUCUUUCUCCAAUUAUUUCGUCAUGUAUAAUUAUAAUAUGUAGAUCUUUCUGAAUCAGGCCCUCUUCUCUUUGACUUGAAUACUGCUUUAUGUAAAUAUGUCUUGAUCAAUAAUUGUCCGUUUUUAUCGUGAACA